AUGCGAGCAUCCUUGUCCAGAUGGGUUCGGCGACGGAUUCAUGGAGCUGAUAGUGCCCAUGCCCAACCAGCGGACGCGUCAGAGUCGCGGGAGGUGUUUCUUCGGUACAUCCCUGAGCUGGCAGAACCGGUGCCAGCCUUACCAGCUGAGAGGCCGCGAGCUCUUACGCCGUCGUCGUCUAGGGAGGAUCUACGCGUCUCUGCCGCCGGUGCGACCGCCCAGUCUAGCUUCUUCCAGAGGCUCCCAUUUGAGAUUCGUCGCCGAAUCCUUGUCGAGGCAUUUGGCGGGCACACUAUCCACAUGGACCUGUCUUUUGACCACCCAGAACUGCCCUUGAAUAAAGCGUAUUUCGAUGGCUCGAUAAAACAUCUGUCUAACCACGGAAAUUACAAUCGGGAGACAAAGUUGGAGAUAAGACAAGAGACGCCGAGGUAUAAAGUCGAUUCCUCAUUGCCAAAAAGAUGGAUCUGGCGCAGUUCCGACUGCCACCGAAACCCGCCGUGGGAUACCAGAAGCGACGAUCACAACAAGUAUAAAGAUAGAGCGGUCAAUGCAUCAGAGGACCGUUGCCGCCUCGGUGGCGCUGAAGGCUACUUUUGUCAACUUUGGCCUGGUGAACGGCCGCACAAGUGUUUUGUAGGAGCAAUGGGAUGGCUGCUAAGUUGCCGACAGGCAUACUGCGAGGGUGUCGAUGUGCUAUAUGGUACGAACACUAUCCACACCGCCAGCAAGCAAAUGCUCCUGCACCUGGACAAGCUUCUUCUUCCUCAAAGACUAUCUACGAUCAGAUCAGUGGAGUUAGUUUGGUAUUUCAAGCCAUAUGCAUGGGAUACUUCUGUUGUUGGUCCGCUCGAUGACCUGCGCACGUUCUACGCGUUUUUAGAAGCCAUUCCUACGACUUUCCCUAACCUCACAUCGUUCUAUAUGGCGUUGUGGGGAGAUUUGACCCCCACGAAGAAACAUAACGGACGCCAGGUCUACAUGGAUGAGGCCGAAUCCAUCAAAAUCACCGAGAGAGAGAUAAUGACUCCGAUUGAUAGGAUGAUUUCCAACCUCAGCCCCAAGUUGAGACAGUGCACAAUUGCACUUGGUAGCUUGGAGUACGAGAUAAGGAGAAGGCAAGCUGUGGAAGCCGGAGACGUUGAGGUUGAGCAAAUCCAUCUUCAACACUUGCAAGAGCGCCACUGGAGAUCUUUGAAAAAUGGUCCAGGGGGCUUAAAAGGGUACUGGGUUCAACUUGGACAUCGGGAGCUGGGUAGAGUGUACAUGUGUAAUUUUGGGGAGCCACCCCAAAAUCGGGACCCUCCGGAGGAUGAAGUCCUGUUCCAGCCUUGGUAUCUUAUGGGAGAGCAAAGACACCUUAGAAUGUAA